AUGUUUGCUUGCAUAUCCCUCCAAGCGAGAGGGCUUGUACCUAUGCUGAUGUUCGUUACAAGAAGUGAACUGGGGACUGAUGUGACACGUCAUGUAUACGCGUUGCUUAGCUUGCAACGUGACGCGCCCACGAUGAAAGUCCUGCCACAUUAUGUUUCACCGACGUACUUCGGCACCUUCCACAUCCAUAUACUUUUCUUACGCGGCCAGCUGCUUCACCAGGACCCCGGUGUUUGCCGCAAGCAGCAUCGCGACGGCUUUAUAACCGUCUUCUGUUGUCGAAUGCUUCCUGGAAGCUCGGUUUCUGCAGCGGUAUACUUACCACUGGUGCAGGCCCAGGGCACCUUCCUCUUUCAGCGCAACGCGGAAGUGAUUCAAGAGACGCAAUCUAAGCUGCAGGAGCUAUUUGAACGUAUAGAGGCCCUGCCCGACGCGUGCAGUCUUCGUCUGCUAUUGCUGACGGAGUAUACUGCGGACCGGGCGCUGGGUGCUCUGGUACCUAUAAACGCCCUCCGAAACGCCGCUCUGCUUGCGAUUCGAACCCCGCUGGCUGCCAUGAUUGACGUGGACCUGGCCGUGAGCGACUCGCUUCGGCGCGUCCUCGCGCAGCCUGACAGGCUAGAAGCAAUACAGCACGCAUCGACCGUGUUCUGGGUACUACCCACCUGGGAGGCAGAGAGCCACUUGAAACCGGAGGAUGCGCAGAACACUGUGCUGUCGGCGAUUAAAGACCCCGCUUGCUCACGCCUGGCUAAGGGUAACCGCGUCCUCUUUGUCGCGGUGUUGGAUACCGUCGUGAUAGUAGUAGCUCGCACAAAUGUCUGUUUUCCCGGUCCUCCACAAUUUUGGCUUUACAAGCCACACGGCAGUUUAACCUUGGCUUUCCUUGCAUCAUUAUCAUCAUCAUUAUCAUCAUCAUCAUCAUCAUCAUCAUCAUUAUCAUUUAACGGUAUCAUCAGCAUCAGCAUUGACACAUUAUCGUCAUGGCCUUCGGUGACUUGGACAUGGGCACCGGAACUGCCAGGUGACAAGAAGCGGCUGCAGAUGUUGUGGCAGACCCGGCACCUACGUACGUUUUCAGAAGACAUCUUUCCUCAGGGUCACAACGCAACAGAUUAUCGACGGUGGCUGAGCACCGACCAGCCGUACACCAUACGCUACGGACGUGGUUACGAGCCGUGGGGUAUCACCUCCAGGAAGCAGUACACGUGGAUGCCGUACGACGUUCGGUUUCGGGGCUGUUUUCGCGACAAGGUGACGCAAGUGGCCUCUCUGGCCUACAUCAACACGAGCUUUGCUGCUUUGCCUGACGCCUGGCUGGUACACCAGCCACACCAGCUCUCCGCUGCGGCUUCCAUCGCCUAUGCCAAGUCGAAUGAUGCCAUCCAUGAUUAUGUAUGUAUGUAUGUAUGUGCACAGUGGCUUCGGGUUCAAGCGCUGCAUAAGGUGGUAUUUUACCGGGGCAUCAACACCACCAAGUUCAUGCUGCAUAAGGCCCAUUCUCUGGUCACGAGUGACGAGGCGCUGGGGGCGAUGGCGGCUGGGCGCUACGAGCCCGUAGCGGCGUUCAACAACAAGCAGCAAAUUGAGCAAAAUAAUUCCACGGUGAUCUUCAUCCAUAUGAUGCAAGCUAUUUGGACUCAAGCUAAUUAG